UAGACCAAAGCGAAACCAGAACUGAAGCCCGAUCCUUUUACCCGGACACUGGGAACGCCAUUGAUGAAGUUCUCUGUUCCUCUCAUCACCUGGAGCUGAAUACAAAGUUACAAUGGACUACAAUUACAAUGGAUGGACGGGAAUACAACCAAACCCAACUUUAUACCCUAACCCUCCAUCACUGACGAACCCUUAUGCUUCCAUUCUCCAAUCUACCUCCUUACCUGCCCAUCAAUCUGUGCCUCUAAACCCUAACCCUAGCUCAUAUACACUUAGUUCAGGACAUGAAUCCCAGCAACAGGUUUUGGUCUUUGGUUAUGGCCACGCCAAUGUUGCUAACUCUGUGGAAGCAACGGCGGUAUAUUAUCAAAAUUUGGUAGCAAAUGAACAAUUCAGGCUUAAUGAGGUGGCUGCAUUGUCUCUAAAUGGUGGAAAGAAAUCGACUCCUGCAAAUGUAAAUUCCAACAUUUUUAUCCAGCCUCAGAGUAGUGGGUCUUGGAAAAGUGGCCACAAGAAAAGUAAGAUACAGCCUGUAUGGUGUGAGGUUUGCAAACUUGAAUUUAACAGCAAAACUGUUCUUGACCAACAUAAAUUAGGGAAAAGACACACAAGAAGUUUGGACAAAUUAAGAGGAGGCAGUGUUGUCGCAACUCCUGCCUUCGCCCCUUUUGUUGCUUCUGAGGUGUCAGUUAACCCAUUUGUUGGACUGCAAGAGACUCCUGGCAAAGUGAAAUCAGUGAACGGACAAGAUGCAGGGAAGAAGACAGUUGAACUGGUGGAGAAUUUGGAGACCAAAAGACGAAAAGUUUUGGAAGGAGGAGCAGCCACAAACGAGGUUCGCACUUGUCUCGCUUGCAAUGUGGUUUGCAACAGUGAGACCGUUUUCAGCAUUCAUCUCGCUGGUAAAAAGCACAUUGCUAACAUGUCAAAGCAAGAGAAGUUUACCCCUGCUGCUGCCUCUCUUGCUCCUUCUGAGGUGUCAGUUAACACAUUUAUUGGACCACAAGAGAAGCCUGACAAGGUGAAUUUAGGAAAUGGGCAAGAUGCAGCGAAGAAGGCAGCUGAGAUGGUGGAGAAUUUGGAGACCAAGAGACGAAAAGUCUUGGAAGAAGGAGCAGCCACAAAUGAGGUCCGUGUUUGUCUUGUGUGUAACGUGGUUUGCAACAGUGAGACUGUUUUCAAAGUUCAUCUCGCUGGUAAAAAGCAUAUAGCUAACAUGAAAAAGCAAGCAUCUGGAGCUGGAGUAGUUCCUGUAAAUUAGAAUGGGAAUUUUGAAGGAAAUUUAGAGGAGAUGGCGUUCAUUCAUGUUUCCUUGUUCAGGUUUCUUAUGGAUAUUAUAACUAGCUAGUCACUGUAAAUGACAUCAUAUGUAAUAUGUUUGAUAAUAAUUCCUUGCCUUUAAGCCAAUGGAUUUCCUGAAA